UGUAACUCUAUCUCGCUGCCACCAUCAGACACUAUUAACUGCAAGCCCUAACCUUAGAGUGUCCUAUCCAUCACUAAUUCUAUGGCUUUCGUCGUGUUCAUCUUCGCCUUACUUCUCAAAGUCUCCACCGCCCUUUCCAGUCAGGACAUAAACCAUCUAUUCUCUACCGUCCUCAUUUUUGGCGAUUCCACUGCAGAUUCUGGCAACAACAAUUACAUAAAUACCCCAUUGAAAGCCGACCAUCCCCCAUACGGGGAAGACUUUCCUGGAAAAAUCCCCACCGGCCGAUUUUCAAACGGAAAACUGGUGUCAGACUUUUGGGCGUCUCUGCUAGGAAUAAAACAAACCGUUCCUCCGUUCCUACAGCUUAAUAUCUCCGAUUUUGAUAUCCGCACCGGAGUGAACUUCACUUUUGUCGGAUCGGGCUACAAUGACAUGACGGCUCAGAUUUCACAGGUGAUUACUGUGACGAAGCAAUUAUAUUGCUUUAAGGAGUAUAUAAAGAGAUUGAAGAAAGUUGUGGGGAUCAAAGUUGAGGGGGCGUUGGUGUCAAUUAGUGUCGGAACAAAUGAUUUCAUGAUUAGCUACUACGAUCUGCCUUCUAGAGGAGACGAUUUCUCCAUGGACGAUUACCAGGAUUAUAUAUUGAAGAAGCUUCAGAAUUUCGUCAAUGAGUUGUACAAGCACGGAUGUCAAACAAUGGUGGUUUCAGGGCUACCUCUGAUGGAGAGGUCGACUAGAUUUGGGUAA